AUGGAUAAAACAAAAUCACAACAGCAGCAACAACAAUAUGUAAACCAUCAACAUGUUGAGGAGGAUGAUGAAAAAUCGACGAGUUAUGAUUUGGUUGCGGAAACAAAGAAAUGGUGUGAUGAAUUUGAUAUUAAACAAAUAGGAACAUUAUUUGAAAAUAAGAAGGCUACUAUUGAUGUUUCAUCAAUGCAAAAUACUCAAAUACUUGAUGAAUUAUAUGAACAUUUUAAUGAGAGAUUACUUUCUAAUCAAACAUUAAACGCCAUGCAAUAUAGUGUGCACGGAUUGGUUCAAUCAUGUUUAAAAACAGUCAAAAAACCAAUAUUUACAGUAUUACUUAAAUUAGUGAAUAUUUUAACAUCUAAACAUAAGAAAGUUUUGGAUUCAAUGUUAUCUUCUAAUUCUACUAGUUUGAAGAAUGUAAAUUUCCUUAGAUUUUUAUUCAUCUUUGAAAAGAUUCUUGUUGAUAUAUAUUCAAAUUCAAAUUCAUUGAAUGAUGAAUCAAUUCAAUUAAUUCAACAAAUAUCAACAAAUUUCAUUGCUACUCAUCAAAAUUUAGAAUCUAAUCAAUCAAAUGAUUUGAAAAAUAUCAUAUUUUCAGCACUUUCUAUGAAUGAACUAUUUUCAUCACUAUUUUCUUCAGGUGUUGAUCAAAGUACUUUAAUUUCAAUGAUUGAUUCAUUAAAUAAUAUUGCUAAUCAUUUAUUAACAAAGAAAGAUUUAGUGAAUUGGGCUAAUUUAGUUUAUAUGAAUAUUACUUCAAGAGUUUUGGAAAUUUCUUCACGUUCCUUAUUACAAUCUUCUAUGAAAGUUAUUUUUACUUGUAAAAUUGCUUUUAAAUUAAUUACUUUAAAAUUUAAAUUUUUAAAUAUUAUUGAUAAAAUUAAUUCUACUACUACAUCUAUUAAUAAUAUUAAUAAUAAUAAUACUAUUAAUAAUAAUACUAUUAAAUCUAAUACUACUAUUAAUAAUAAUACUACUACUACAAGUCUAAAUGAUAACUCAAUUAUUGAAAAGUUAAAAGAACAAGUACAAAUUAUCAAUCAAUUAAUAUUUGAAUUUCUCAAAAAUACUAAUGGAGGUAUUUCAGAUUAUUUAGAUAAUCCAGAUGUACAAUGUUAUGGAUUAAUUAAUGCUAGAAAUGUUUCAUUUAAAGCAGGAUUUUUAAAUGAAUGUGUUGGAAGUAAUACAUUCUAUUUCUUUAAAGAAUUUGUUUCUAUUUUAAGACAAGAACCAAAAAGUUUAUUCAAUUCUAUUGAAAAUAUUUACAAAUCAUUUGAACAUGAAAUUAAUACUUUCCAACAUUUAACAGAAUCUGUUUCAUUAUAUAUUAAAAUUAAACAAUCAUUCAUAUUUAGUUUAAUGUGGUUAACAUAUUUAGAAUAUCAAAAGGAAAAUAUUAAUAGAAGUGAUUUUUUAAAUUUAAUAAUUUCAUAUUUUAAAAUUAUUCAAAAAUUUGAUAUUUACAAAAUGGCAUCAGAAAAUUCAGUUUCUUACAAAUUUUUAUUUGAAUUUGUAAAUAGAAUUUUUAGAAAUAUUUUAAUAUUUGAAAUUGAUAAUUCUCCAAAAGAAGAAAUUUAUUCCAUAAUUGAAUGUUUAAAGUUAAUAGUAACAACAGAUUAUCGUAUUCUUGAUGGUUUUUAUAGUUAUAUUUGGAAGAUUGUUUUCCAAAUUGAUUCAAAUGAUGUUGAAAAAUUAAAUUUGAGUCAAUUCAUUGGUGAAAUGUUAGACAUUUUUGUACAUUUUGCUAAAGGAAAGAGUGCUUUUGAUGACAUGUUUAAUGCUAUUGAUAUGUUAUCUUUAUCAUUAUCAUCCACUAAGUAUACUAGUACUACUAGUACUACUAGUACUACUACUGCUAAUACUGGUGGUAAACAAUUUAAAAAGAAUAGUAACAAUACAUCCAUUAAUAAUAAUAAUACUAAUAAUAAUAACAUGAUUCUGAAUAAUUCAAUAAUUCAAUUAGAAUCAUUCAGAAAUAGUAUUAAGAAUUUGAUUCAAAAUAUUGCACCAACAGAUAUUAUAAUUUAUUUUAAAUAUUUAAUUGAUACAAUUUCACAACGUUUAAAUAAUAACAAUAAUAAUCAUAAUAAUAAUCAUAAUAAUAAUAAUAACAAGUUGAAAAGUAUGAUAACACUUUUAUUAUUUCCAUUGACUUCAUUUGGAUUUUUUGUUCAAUUAAAUGAAUCAAAUUAUGAAGAAAUGCAAAAACUUGCAAAACAAACAUGUUCAGAAAUUGUUAAAAAGUUAAUGAAUGAAAUGUCAAAUGAAUCAAGUGUAAUUCAACUCUAUUAUUCAAUGAGUAAUAUUAUUCAUAGAUCUGAAGAAUUUUCAUCAGAUGUAUUUUCAAUGAAAGAAAUUGUUAAUGAUAAAGAUUUUAUUGUUAAUUUUCAUGAUGGUACUGGUUUAACAAUGGAUGAAUUUACUAAUAAUCAAUCAUUUAUACAAGUAUUUAAAGAAUUAUCAUUUAUGAAUAAGGGUAUUUACUGUUAUAUAAUUUUUAGAAGAUUAAUGAUAAUUAAUCAACAAGUUAAUAUUAGAAGACACAAUUUAACAACUUCAAAUCAAAAUUUAUAUUCAUAUGAAACUCAUGAAAGUAGAAGAGAACAAAAAUUAUUAACAAGAAAUUUUCAAACUUAUUUUAAUUUUAUUCAAGAAGAAUUAUCAAUUUUAUCUAACAUUCAUCAAUUUGAAGAAUUUACACUUGAAGAAAUUGAAGAAUUUGAUUGGGGAGGUAUUAUUGAAUCUAUUAAUAGUGAAAAAAAGUACAUUUCAAUGUUAUGGUAUUUAACUGCUACUAAUUUUAUUUAUAUUAUUCCAUAUUGUGAUGAAGAAGAAUUAUUAAAAUUAUGUAAUUUUAUUCUAACACAAUCUAUUAAUGGUAUGAGAUUGAAUAGAUCAAUGUUAUUACCAUUCUCACUUGAAAGAGUUACAUUAGAUUUAUGGAAUGAUGAUUUAUUAUUUGAACAAGAAAAAAUUCAAUCUUCAUUUGAAUCUUUCUUAUUUAAUUCAAUUUUAAAUUCUAUUCAAUUAAUAUCAAAUGAUAUGUUUUCAAAUGAAAAGAAAUGGAUUGAAAAAAUUGAAAAAUUUACAUCAAGUAUUUCAUCUUGUAAAAUUGAAAAGAAAGUUUCAUCCAUUUUUGAAUAUAUUGAAUCUAAAGUAUUUAAAGUAAAGGAUAAUAAGGAAAUUGAUGAAAAUUUAUGUUCAAUUUUUAAAUCAGAUUUUAAAUUAACAAAUAUUAAUCCUCAACAAGGAAAUUUAUAUUUAAAUCCAUAUAUUAAUUUAAUUUUAUCAUUCCCACCAAAAUACUUUUCACACUCAUUUACAUUAUCAGUUUUAUCAUUAUUAAUGAUUUAUGAUGCUUUUAUUUGUUUAGAUAUUUUCAAUAAUAAUAAUACCAAUACUACUACUCAAUAUAAUAGUGAUACAAGUAAUUAUCCAUUAUUUGGAUCGAAUAGAGUUAAAUUUAUUGAAUCUUGUAGAAAAGUUCAAUUAUUAUUAUUACGUAAUUUACCAGAAGAAAAUAUUAGAAAUUUAUCUCAAUCUUUUAUUUAUAGAUUUUAUAUUCGUACAGUUUAUUCUUUAAAUUCUAAAUUUACUCUUAAAAAUAUGAAUGAAAUUGUAAAGAAUAUUGAAAAUUAUACAUGUGAUAUCAUGUCCAUUCUUUUCAAUAUGGGAUUAGAUAAGGAAAUGAGUGAAGAUAAAGAAUGUUUAAUCAUUUCAUUAUUAUUAAAUAAUAAUAAUAAUAAUAAUAAUAAUAAUAAUAAUAAUAAUAAUACUACAAAUAAUACUACAACAAUAGAUAAUGUAGCACAAGUAAGAUUUUCCAAUUGUUUAUUAGGAAGUAUUUAUUCAUUUAUUAAGAAAUCUAUUAUUGAAGAGGAAGGAUCUUCUAUUCAAAAUAGAAAUUUCCAAAUUGAAUCCAAUAUUUAUUCAUUAUUAUUUACAAAUGGAAUGUAUGGAAAGAAAAAGAAUUUUUAUUUUGCAUUUACUGAUAGAGUUAAAUCCAUUAAGAAUGAUCCUCAUGUUUAUCAAAGUCUUGUAAUUUCAUCACAAAUUUUACUUUUAAUUUCAACAAGUAAAUCUAAAUUACCAUCAUCUAUUGAUCAUAAUACUAUUAAUGAAUUAUAUAAUGUAAUGUGUGAAAAGGAAGUAACAUUUAAUGUUUUGAAAGAUUUAAUUGAAUUAGUAACAAUGUUUGGUCCAAAUUCUCUAGAUGAAGUAAAUCCACUUCCUAUUCCUCCAAGUAAAUUAUUUAGAAAAGUUGUUAAAUCAAUUCAAGAUGUUAAAGAAGAAAAAUUAUUAACUUUAAUGGUUACAACAUUGAGUGGUUCACAUAAGAUUUUCCUAAUUAAUAUGAUUAUUGAUCAAUUGAAAGAAUUUAAUCAACAUCUUGCAAUGCCAAAUAUUUCUGUACAAAAUGCUUCAAUUCAUGUUGAUCAAGUUCAAGAAAAUGUAAAGAAAUUAAUAGAUAUCAUUUCAACUGUUCACAUGUGCUUGAUUUCAAUUGACAAGUCAGAAUUGAACUUUUAUUUAUGUUCUGUUAUUGAAGCUAUCAAAUUGAGUACUAGAUCUUAUCUUUUUAACACAAUUCCAAUUUCAAAUAUUUCUUCAAUUAGUUCUGAUUAUUGGAAGAUUAAUUCUUCAAAAUCAAAUCACCACAUGUUUAUACAACCAAAACAACAAUGGAUUUAUUCCUUUCUUUAA